AUGUCAGAAUUGCUUGGUGAAUUACCCGCAUCAAAGCGACCAGAUAUUUCGAAGCCCAGAUGGCCUCAGAAUACCUACCAGGGCCGCCUACAACAUUAUUGGGCCACCGCAAAUCCAAUGAACCUCUUUCAUUCAACAUCUGAAAUUGAACUCGCUCAAAAGACAGUACUUGAUUACAGGAAGGGCGUCAUCGAUAGUCAAAUGACUGUUGACGAAUUAUGGCGAAGGAAGAACCUUUACGAUUCAGCAUAUCACGCAAGAACCGGUGAGAAGAUGCUACUGAUUGGACGGAUGAGCGCUCAGUGCCCAUGCAAUAUGAUUAUCACGGGUGGUCUUCUUACAUCAUAUCAGCAUUUACCUGGUCUGAUCUUUUGGCAUUGGAUCAAUCAGUCAUUUAAUUCCAUCGUGAAUUGGACAAAUCGCUCGGGCGACAAUGAAGUCUCAAAAAAAGGUUUAUUAACAGCUUACGUGUGCGCUACGGGUGGAGCCGUAACAGCCGCGUUGGGUUUGAACGCAAUCGUUAAGAAUCUGCACCCACUAAUUCAACGUUUCGUACCGUUCAUCGCAAUUGCAGUGGCAAAUGCCAUCAAUAUACCGCUGAUGAGAAACGUCGAAUUGCGAGACGGUAUUGAUGUGUCAGAUAAAGAAGGUAACAAGCUGGGUAGUAGUCGAGUUGUCGUACGGCGAGCAAUAUCGCAGGUAGUGAUCAGUCGAAUUGGUAUAGCUACUCCACAUAUGUUAAUCACUCCUGCAAUCGCUCAUCACAUGAUGAAGAAACAAUGGUACCGAAGCAGUCGUUAUGCGAACGUUAUUAUGCAAACGGUUCUUUCCGGAAUAAUUUUAACAGUGUCGACACCAAUGUGUUGUGCACUGUUUCCGCAAUGGAGUUGCAUUGAAGUGAGCAAGUUGGAGAAGGAUCUUCAGGAUAGGAUUGGCAAGAAACACACACUUGUUUACUACAAUAAAGGACUUUAA